GGGUGUUUCUAACUGGGAACAGAACAAGUACUGUUUCAUAUUACAACAGAAAAGAAAAAUCCUGCGACUUCUUCAGUUAAAACGCUUAGUUGAGUUUAUGGAGCCUGUGUGUCUGAAAAAUGAAAAUCUUUUUAGUGGUCAUAGUUCUCCUGAAUAAAGUUUUAAUUGGAGAAAUCUGUGAAGCCCUGAACGUCACUGUCUCCCCAGGACCAGUGGCCAUGUUUAUGGAGGGUGAAAAUGUCACUCUUUCCUGUCAUGUAUCCCAGCAAAAAAACUCCAACAGUCUUUUGGUUGUACGCUGGAUGUUUUCUGUUGUACCUGAUGAAGAAUAUUUACUUGUCAAAAUGAACAUGAGAAAGGUAAAAAUGUAUGGAAAUUAUACAAAAGGUUUUAAUCAACACAAGUUGCAGUUUUCUGAAGGGAAAACCAGUAAAAUCUAUAAUUUAGACAUUUUUAACUUUUCAAAAGAAGACAAGGGGAAUUAUACGUGCAAAGUCCAGGAAAUCAGAAAACACCAAAAUAAAUGGAGAGCGACAUCUAACGGCACAGGAACUGCAGAAUUAAGAGUACACGUAUCACCAGUUUUGAAGAGCAAUGGUGGAAUCUGGAGUUUUUUUGAAGAUCUUUUCUUUUGUGCAGUGCUAAUAUGCUCUGUUGGCAUUAUUUGCAUAUUGCUGUUCACCAUUAUAAUUAUCUGCCAAUGCCUGUUUAAGAAAAGAAGAUUAAAAGCAAGUUAUUAUUUGGUGAAAUGUCCACAAAACAGUUCAGGAGAAACAGUAACAAGUGUUAUCAGCUCAUCGCCUGGACAAAAAAGGAAAGAAAAGAAACACAAAAAGAAAAAAGCUAAAGAAAAUGAUGAUGUCCCACCAGACAUACCAGCAAAAGCUCCUAUUCCUGACACACCAAGGAGGCCUAAACUUUUAAAAACACAGUCAAGAAAAGUAAUUCUGCCCAAGAUUGCAGAAGAGAGUUUAACAUAUGCUGAACUUGAACUUGUUAAACCCCACCCAGAAAACAAAUCAGCCUGCACAGGGACUGUGUAUGCACAAAUACUGUUUGAGGAAAAACAAUUGUAAAUACACAUAUACUAUAGCUGUAUAUAAUACUGUAUCAUAGGCUAUGUGGACAUGAUUGUGAAACAAGUGCAAAGUUUUGUCAAAGUUUGCCUUUCAGAAAGGAAAAAAUAGUAGUAUAAAACUAGCAAGAAGCAACUUGGUUUGAGGAGAAGAUAUUUUUUCUUGUUCUGUUAAUUGUUAUACUGUAUUGCUUUCAGGAUAAAAAAUGGGGGUAAACUUUUCACUUGGUUCAAAAUAGGGUCUUAUAUGUUUUAUUUAUAAAAUAUAAUUAAAUAUUUGUUUUUGAUUGUUUUGUUAUACCAUUAUAAUAGCCCUGUUAAAUGUGCCAGAGGAUUUGACCUGUAAAAAGUAAGAUGUUAUGUGUUUUGUGUUUGUUUUGUGUUUUUAGAAGUAUCAGUAUUUAAAGGCCAGUAAGUUCAUUCUACAUUCGUCCGUAUAUAAACAUUGCCUCUUUGCAUGAAUACAUUAUAAAUAAUUAAAUGUUGACUUUCUAAA